UGCUAAGGAAUCCCGAGUACGCGCGAGUGGGUCGGACGCGCGCAGCUCGAGCGCCGCUCUCAGUGCUCAGACAUGGCGGCGGUCCUCAACCCGGAGUGGCUGUCUUGCCUGCCUUCUUUAUGGAGUUACGGCGUGACCCGGGACGGACGCGUCUUCUUUAUCAAUGAAGAAGGGAAGAGCACAACCUGGCUGCAUCCAGUCACGGGAGAAGCCGUCAUUACAGGGCACAGAAAAACUCCAGAUUUACCCACCGGAUGGGAAGAAGGAUACACGUUUGAAGGAGCCCGUUGCUUUAUCAAUCACAAUGAGAGAAAGGUGACCUGCAAGCAUCCCGUCACAGGCGUUCCUUCGCAAGACAACUGCAUCUUUGUCGUCAACGAACACCUGAAUUGUGGGAAACUUGUCCAUCCUGUUUUAAACAGACCAGUGACAAAAGCACCAGCGGCCGACAAGGAAGAACGUCCAACCAGCACCAUGAGUGAAGCGUCGAACUACACGGGCGGCUCAGACUAUACCACACAUCCCAGCAGUCCCACAACCAGACUGUCCAGGUCUUCAAAGAAAGUCCACAACUUUGGGAAGAGGUCCAACUCCAUCAGGAGGAACCCCAACGCCCCGGUGGUGAAGAACGGCUGGCUUUACAAACAGGACAGUACCGGGAUGAAGAUGUGGAAGAAGAGAUGGUUCGUUCUGUGUGACAUGUGCCUCUUCUACUACAGAGAUGAGAAAGAAGAGGGAAUCUUGGGAAGUAUCCUCCUGCCCAGCUUCCACAUCUCCAUGCUGUCCGUGGAUGACCACAUAAGCAGAAAAUACGCCUUCAAGGCGACGCAUCCAAACAUGCGGACGUACUAUUUCAGCACUGACACAGCCAAAGAUAUGGAGUCCUGGAUGAAGGUUAUGACUGAUGCGGCAUUGGUCCACUCUGAGCCAACCAGAAGGCUUGAGAAGGUAAAGGUUGACUCCUGCAUCCCUCAGGAGAUGAACAACAUGCUGAAUCACAGAGCCCUGACCCGACCCGAGAUGCAAAACAACGAGAGAAAUCGCGAGACAAUCCACCAGGAGGAGAAAAAGCAGAAAGAGAAAGACGGAGAGCGAUACACCCUCCAGAGAGACGCCGACAACUACGCUCUGCACAAAAAUGCUCCAGGACUCACUCUGCAGAAAGACGGAGACCGAUACCUUCUGCAGAAGGACGGAGAGAAAUACGCCGUCCACAAAGACGGAGAGAAGUACCUGCUGCAGAAAGACGGGCAGAAGUACACAUUACACAAAGAUGGAGACAAGUACACGCUUCAGAGGGAAGGCGAACAAUAUGCUCCACCCAAAGAUGGCGAGAAGAACUUGCAAAUGGAUGCAAGGUACCCUCUUGGAGACAAACACAAGCAGCCGAAAGACCAAGAGAAACCCGUCCCACCGCCACGGGAUGCAGAGAAAUACGGCUUCCAGAAAGAGGGCGCUGGAGAGCGGCCGCUCACUAAGAUAAACAGCAUCAAACUCCAGCCGGCUCAAGCGGCGGCCAUCGCUGCGGCCGUCUCGUCCUCCAGACAGCUCCAGAGCGCUGCGGGAUCCAGCCAGCACAAACCACCUCAAGUCAACGGUUCUGGGGAACGAGGGGGAGACAGAAGCCCUGGAGACAUGAACAAUACGAUGCCCCAGAGGACGACAGAACCAGAGCGAACCCUGAGCAGAACCAACUCCAUGCAGCAGCUGGAGCAGUGGGUCCGCACUCAACGCACACGGCCCCCAGACGACGACACCAGGAGCAUUACGUCCUACCAAACAUUGCCGAGGAACAUGCCGAGCCAUCGUGCACAGAUCGUCCCGCGCUAUCCCGAGGGUUACCGGACGCUCCCUCGUAACAUGCUUCGGCCGGACAGCAUCUCCAGCGCGUCGGGGUCGAUGUACGACCGGGCGCUGCAGCCCACGACUGCAGAGAAGCGGCGCUCCAUACGAGACGACACCAUGUGGCAGCUGUACGAGUGGCAGCAGAGGCAGGCGCACAGCCGGAUCGGAUACGGGACGCUGCCCAGCCCCAAAACCAUGAGCCAGAUCGCAGAGUCCAUCCCCACGUCUCCUUCCCACGGAUCUCUGGCCGGUUACCACACCUUCUCCCCUAAUCGCCCCCUCAACCCAGACUCCCGCUCUGAAGUUACCUCGCCGGUGUUUCGUGGGGACGUGACAAUUGAACGCCGCCAUCGGCCGCAUCUCUCCAAGGUUUCCUAUCCUGCCGAGCGCAGGCCUGUUCCUCCCUCACAGAGCAUCACUGCACAGUCUCUGCAAGGCAAAACGCCAGAGGAACUGACCCUGAUGCUCAUCAAGCUCCGGCGGCAGCAGGCCGAGCUCAACAGCCUUCGUGAGCACACGCUCGCUCAGCUAAUGCAGCUAAACCUGGAUGCCACUAAGCCAAAGAGUGAAAUCCUUUCCCAUCACCUACAGAGGAAUCUGGUGUACUUGGACAGCCAGAUGAAGGAGAAUGAGCCGGUAAUCUUCAUGAUUCACACUAUGAUUGAGAACUCGGCGCCAAGGCCGCAACUGUACCAGCAACAGAUGAGCCCUGAAGAGUACAGAGAAAACACCUACUUAUUCAGACCCGAGGAGCUGGACAUUGAUGCGAAGUUAAGUCGACUGUGUGAGCAGGAUAAAGUAGUGAGAACUCAAGAAGAAAAACUGCAGCAGCUCCACAGAGAAAAGCACACGCUGGAGACGGCCUUACUGUCGGCCAGUCAGGAGAUCGAGAUGAGCUCUGAAAACCCCACGGCCGUGCAGAGCGUCAUCCAGCAGCGGGACGUCCUACAGAGCGGUCUGCUCAGCACCUGCAGAGAGCUGUCACGUGUCAACACUGAGCUGGAGCGGAGCUUGAGAGAGUACGAUCGACUGGAGGCGGACGUCACCAUGGCCAAAACGAACCUGCUGGAGCAGCUCGAGGCCCUCGGGAGCCCACAGACGGAGCCGCCCAGCCAAAAACACGUUCAGAUCCAGAAGGAGUUGUGGCGGAUUCAGGAUGUGAUGGAGGUGCUGAACAAGAACAAACCUAAGAGAAACGCAGAACCCAGUUUUCCUGGUGCAAACCCCCUGUCAAACCUGCAUAAAAGUGAAGAGUCAGACUCAGUGCCUCCUCGUCCUCCUCUCCCGUACUCGUAUGAGGGGGGAGACCGGCCGCCUCACGCCCCCCGCACAACCCCUCACCGGCCCGAGGACCGCAAGGCCGCCCAGCGCAACGGUGCCCACAGCGGGCCCGACUACAGACUGUAUAAGAGCGAGCCGGAGCUCACCACGGUAGCUGAAGUCGACGAGAGCAACGGCGAAGACAAAUCUGAGCAGACGGCAGAGAAAGAGUCGCCCGGUGUCACCAAAGGUGUAGUUUACACCGUCGGCAUGGUCAGUCCCAGGAAUAAAUCACCCAUGCCUGAAUCGUCCACCAUCGCCUCUUAUGUCACCUUGAGAAAGAGCAAGAAACCUGAUCCCAGAACAUCCCAGCCGCAGGACCGUCCUCACAGUGCGGUGGAGCACAUGAUUGGCGCAGCAGAGGUGGGCCGAACACGCAUGAGCGUCGAGGAGCAGAUGGAGCGAAUCAGGAGGCACCAGCAGGGGGCGAUACGUGAACGGAGGAGAGAGGACGGAUCGCUGUCCCGAAGCCUCUCCUUCACUAAAGACAACCCCUACUACACCCUACAGAUGCGUAAGAAGAGCCCGGCGAUCUCUCCAGAUGAGCUGGACGACCGCAGAGACACCAAACCGACCCAUGCAGAAAAAAACUGCAAGAAUACUGAAGAUCUGGAAUCUGGAAAUGCCAACCUGGAGAAGAAGGAGAGAGCGCUCCUGUCCCGAUCGGCCUCUGUUAAAGAGUAUCUCCUGAAGUGCGCGGGGCCAAAACCAGUGCUGAACAGGGACCAGACAGAGCCCAGAUGUGUGAGUCCACUGGAGUACCGCAGGACCCUGGCCACUCAGAACAGCUUACAGACGGCCCUCAUGGUACGCGUGGGCACUGAGGAAGACGAGGAGGAGGAGGAGGAUGAAGAGAAGCCCUCCAGUCAACAGCAGGACGUGUCUUAUGAGCUGACCAACAGCAAACACGGCACGCUGACGUCAGCAGCCCCUCCACCCACAUCAGUGAAGCAUGUGAGAGGACGUCCCACCGUGAGCCACACACAUCAUCAUCAUCAUCAUGAGACAGACAGGAAGUGCCGCCCAUCAGCUGACCGACACACAGCGACGUCCAGGCCUUAGUUCACACGAUUCAUUUAUAGUGCUUAUUUAUAUUCCUAUUGUUCCCUUUUGUUUUCUGUAGACCCCAGAGUUGAGUUGUGUUUGAUUGGAGGUGCUAUUAAACUCUCUCUGAUGUACAUUACAGCACCCAGACUCUCUCUCUCAACAGGAAGUGGAGCGUAAAGCCCACUUAUUUAAUUCGGACUGCCGAGGGUUGUGUUCAUCGUUUGCUUGUUUUUAUAUGGAUUUUAAUCAGUCGCUCCCGGUUUUAUCUAUUGUUGGUCGACGCGAUUUUUAGUACUCAUAUCUUUUGCACUGUACGACACCCAUCGUUGCUUUUUUGAUAUCAGAGGAUUUAUGUAUAAACGAUGUACAACUAUAAACUUUCAAUAAGGUGCCACCGUACUGCUGCCGAAGGACAGGAUUUGUAAAUGAUCUGUAUGUUGGAUAGUCCACAAUAGCCACCACACUGUUUCCCGACACACUCAUGAAUGUUCCAGCUUAUGUUUUAUUUUUCUAUGGCUGAGAGAUAUUUAAGUAGAGAGACGAGUACAGCGUAUUACCAUUUUAAGAAGAGUAUUUCAGAGGUUUGAGGAGCAAGCGUUUAUAACGGUUGAUAAAGCAAUAAGCAGGGUUUGGUGUUCAACUUUGAUGUAUAAACUGUAAAGUUCAUGAUGUAUAUACUGUACACCAUUCUAUGAGCAGAGCAGACACACAGAAGAGGUUAUGUAUCAGAGUCAAUAUGCAAAUGUUCAUAUUUCAUCUGUUUUAUAUCAUGUGAAAUAAAUGUUGAUGUUCUUAUACAGUA